GCGGGGAUGAAUGUGUACCUAACUAUUAUAAGUACCCAGGAAAGCGUCGUGUUAGACAUGGUUGGUUGUACUUCAUUUAUCUAGUGCGACUCACAUGGAUCAACACAGUGGUAUUAUGACAUCCGCAUCCGCUAGCGAUUAUAUACGAAGACUUCAACAUUACUCCCGUCAUGACAAAAACGGUAAUAUUUACCGGCCAUUGGCAAAUUUUCUCGAUACAAAGACGAAAAAGAUGCGCAUCGAUGAAUCCGUGGACGAGCCUUCCGAGCGUUGUGUCUGGUAUAUGAUGGUACAAUCGAAUAUAGCUACUGAUAUGGUGCCUAUAUUAUCUUUGUCGGAUCUGAAAAGUAUAGAAUCGAGCUCAAACUUCUCCGCCUGCAGUGGGAGGCUCAUCUUUCUGAGAGGCUUUCCAUCUGCAAAAUGGCUGGCUAUACUGGGUCAUCUUUACCAAGUCACACCUGAUGUAUGGAGACGUCAUUUAGACUUUUUAUCACAGAUAGGCGAGGGCUUCUUUCAAGUGACUUCACUUCCUUCAUGGAGAAGUCACGUCUUUCAUCUCCGUAUCUGCUCACUUGGGGGUUGGCGUAAUCAUUGGCAGUUCAUCAAGCAUUCCAUUGAGCAUUUGCAUCGAAUGGCUGCUCGUGAUAUGGAAAGCUACCGAGCUUCACUCGGCAGAGCUGAUGAUUGGAAGCAAGGCGACUCUGUUGUCCGUCGUUACAUGAUCCAUGAUAAGACAUAUUUCAGUAUCGAACAACAUGUAACUGUUUACAUGUAUCACGACCGUGAUACAGAGCCUUGGACUAUUAUUGUCCUCUCAGACUGUGGAGAUGACCUUGACACGAAACAUCACGGUCCUUGGGUUAGAUUUCAAGAUUCGAAGCUAUUCCCCACACCAAGAUCUGAUGGAGACGAGCUCCUAAAUACCGCAUCAUGGAAGCAGGAUUUUGGCAAUCCCAAUGACCAUGGUCUUAUUGAAGCAAAACUGAGCCAAAGUCUUUCAGAAAUUCAUGUUGGAUAUGGUAAGAAACUUGAUCCAGAAGGGAUGGCUCACAAUCCGUUCUAUGCCAUUUACGAAAUCUUCCUGCAGUGUGCAUCCGCCGAAUGUCAAAUUCUUGACAUGGUGACAACCAUGAUUGAGGAGCACGAAAUAGGCCAAAGUUCUCCAAAGAAAGAUGCUGCUGACUAUGAAGCCUCUCAUACCCAGCUCCUACACUUUCAAGGAUUUUUGGAGCAUCGCGUAGAGAGCUUACGAGACAUACUUGACAUAAUACGUACACAUGGAAAAAAGCCUUGGGCAUAUCCUAAUGAGAGGGUUGCAGAGACCGUGGGAAAGGCCACUGACAAGCUUAUCGAAGAUUUUGAAUAUUUGCUCAGGCGAGUUCACAACCUCCUAAGACGAAUCGAACGUACAAUCUCUAUAUCUAUGAGCCUGAUCAAUAUGGAGCAGGCCAAAAGAAGUAUUGACCAAAACAUGACCUUGUUCCGCUUCACAGUUGUAGCGUCGAUCUACAUACCCCUAUCUUUCACAACCUCUUUCUUUGGCAUGAAUUUCCUCGAGUUUGGACAAGGCCCGCUCAGUAUUUGGGUAUUCUUCGUUGCUUCUGUUCCUAUUUUUAUCUUGUCUAUCUUCGGUCUCUUCAUCAAAAGGGCGUGGAUUGAACAAUUGCCGGCAAGGUUGGGCAACAAGGUGACAUCUUGGGCAUUGCGGGAUUAGAAUCCGCGCUGUCACACAACAGAAAAUGCUGCCCCCUCUUUUCGUAAAUACCUCUAUGAGCUUAUCUCUAUGGCUUAUUGGUAGAAACAUAUGUGCCACCAAUACGUCUGUCGAGCGGGGUCACGAAAAUAGGGCGAUCUGUGAUAUCGGUGUAUAAGUCAAUUGGUUCUGUAGGCCGGACGGUGGCUUCGCAAUUUACUAACGUGGGGGUUACCAAUUACCAAUCUUCUAUCUUGAGUUAGGUGUAAGAUGUUGAAUGCUGAGGCUCUGCUUGUUGUUAAUCGGAUUUACGAGAAUAUCUUCCUUCAAGGGCCUCAUUCCUCCGUAUUAUAAAGCGCGC